GCAAGUGAAACAGUCGACCAUCAGUACCAACAGAAAACCACAUCGCGCUGGUACGCGACGUACAAUUGGUAAACGGUUAAGUAUGACUGUCUCUAUCUAGUAACAGUAGCCGCCGAUAGCGAAUUUCACUUUCAAAUUAUUUUUGUCCGGUCUUUAUAAUAUAUGUCUGGGUCGUCCGGUACCGUACAGUAAUAUACAGGGUGUUUUAUUAUUUGCUAAUUAGUGCGGGAAAAUGAAGGUACUACUGACCGGUGCUUUGUGGUGUGCCCUCUUCUUGGUUGCGAAAUGUUCACUUGCGAAAGUUACUCCGGAAAUCCUAUGUACACGUGACCAGAUGCGUGUAGAAAUCCCUCUACAACCAGAAACUAAAAGUAUCUACAUACAAGGAUUACGAGAUUAUCCUGAUCCCGCAUGUCGACCCCAUACAGACCCAACAGGGAAAUUAGCAGUUUUAGAACUAGAUUUAAACGAUGUCUACCGAUGUGCUGUAACUAGAAUCGUUAACAAGCAAACCGGCAAGAAAGUUUACUACCAAACCAUAAUAAUCGAAAAAGGAUCCACUGAGAGUGACGCAAAUGUAAGAGAAACAGUUCACGUCAAAUGCUCGAUUACCAAAGACCAUAAGAUUGCUAGAAGACAAGUUUUUCCUGCCGGAUUUGAAGAACCUAUAGAUUUAGAGACAACCACAAGCUUAAUUGGUAUGGCCCCUCAACCUAACAUAACAGUAGGGGUACGUCAAGCAGGCAAAUUAGUAACGGGAGAACUCAAUGUGUCGCCUGGCACUCCAUUACAAAUGGAAAUUUCCCUAGAUCCAGUAUCUACAUCUAUAUAUGGACUUCUAGUGACGCAUAUGCAAGUAUCUGACACAAAGAGCCAGGAGGAAACUAUUAUCUAUAAUGGAUGCUCAGCGGAUCCUUAUUUAUUCGAGAACUUUAACACUGUAGAUGGAGAUAAUCUAGUAGCUAAAUUCAGAGCGUUCAAGUUUCCAGAAUCGACUUACGUACAAUUUAAAGGCACCGUUAAUGUUUGUUUGGAUAAAUGUAAAGGGGUAGAGUGCAGCGACGGCUCGAUCGGGUACGGGCGUCGACGCAAGAGGGCGAUCUCCUCCCUGCCUCCAGAUCCGAACAAAAUUUUCGAAAUCACCAUCACGUCUUUCAUUAAAGUCAACUAUGACGACGAAGCCGAAAACUUCGAAGAGGUCGUGAAAAAUCAGAAGAAGAUAUAUAAUAAUAAAAAACUGAUCGUCGGCAACCAGAUGACUGACGAAGUUAGGAUAUUCAAGGAUGAUGAAGGUGAACCCCGUUUAAUCCAGGAAGUAAAAGAGGAACAAAGAUACACCUCGGUGAAAGGGGACAGCUCCUCGUCGACCCCCAUAUUCUUAUAUAGCCCAAUUUUAUUAGUUUUAUUAGCACUAAAUCACAUUAUUUUGUAAAUUUUUAGCUGUCCUAACAGAAGAUUUUGACAGAACGAAUAAAUCUUUUAAACGAGAACUAACAUUUAGUAAAAAAUAAAAGAUUUUUAUAACAGCUCAUACGAGCAGACAUAUAAAAACCCCAUUUUUUUAUUGAU